AUGUAUCCGUCAGUAUACCCGUCGGAGAUCAAGUACCGCCCGGGAAGGAUUCAAAGUCUCGAUCCCAAGCAAGAAAUAGCGCUAAAACAGUGCUGGGCGACUCUAUUGAAGCUGUGGGGCUACGACAUCUCUUUAACAAAUGAUGAUAUCUCGUUGCCAGAGCUGUUUGUGGCCCUGUCGAUCGUGGAGGAAAAUGAAAAGAUGCAGAUAUCCUCGGCGACAAGUGUUUCAUCGGCUGGUGGCUCGAUGCUCUCAACGCCAUCUACAGCGUUGACUGCGCAGUCCACGGUCAAGUCAUCCGCGAGUGUGAAGAAGAAGCAGAACAAGUCCAAGUGGACUAUCUUCCCAGGGAAAGCACUGGCACCAAAGAAGGUGCUGACGCAGCGAAGAAACGCCUUGACAAAUGGCUACCGCGAAGAAUAUAGUCCAGUGACGAAACCUUGUGAUCAUACAAGGCAUGUGUAUUGCAACAUUCACCAGCUAGCGUACAAUGAGAAGAAGGAACCACUCGAGGAAUACAACUACUCGGACGAUUCUACGUUAGAGAAGGAGUCGAUGAGCUCGUCAGAAAGCUUCCAUACAGCCAAUUCCCAUCCAGUGCAGCUGCUACAAAAUUCUUUGCGUCAAAAGAAGAGCUUUUCGCUCAAGUCAGUCAAGUCGAGUGUAAGCGUACAUACUGUGGGCAACAAAAGCAAGGCGAAGACCGUGCAUGCUGGGAUUGUAAAUUCGGUGAAAAACGGUCUUCUAGAUAAUUUGGUUCUUCGUUAUUGCCGAGCCCGCAAACUUAAUGUUGAAGACACAAUCAACAUGCUUGCUAAGUCCAUGGUGUGGAAAAUGACAGAAUACCCUGCUGAGCAGUGGGUGCGAGAAUCAGACGGGCCGUCGUUCUACAAUGGAGAAAAUAAGGGCUUUAUAAAGAAUUUGACUACAGGUAAAUCUUUCAUUCGUGGGCACGACAGAUAUGGGAAUCCCUUGUUCAUGUUUCAGUCCCGCAAGCACUUUGCACACGAUUCCCCGUUGCAUGAAACAGAGCGUUUUGCUACCGUGAUGAUCGAAUGGUGUCGGCUUUUCUCUCGAGAAAUCUACGAUUCCGUUGACGCCUUCACCAUCAUUUUUGACUUGACGGGAUUCUCUUUGAAGAAUGCAGAUAAUGCACCCAUCAAGUUUUUGGCUUUCAUGUUUGAGGCUCACUACCCAGAGAGUCUAGGGUUCAUCAUUGUACAUAAUGCACCAUGGAUUUUCUCCACCGUUUGGAAUGUGAUCAAAAAUUGGCUUGAUCCUGUCGUCGUAUCGAAAAUACAUUUCACCAAAGGCUACGACGAGUUGGUGGAACUCAUCGACCCAGAGCACAUACCGUCCUACUUGGGCGGUGACGACACCGACGAGGUGUCGUAUCCCGAACCGCAGCCGGAAGACGUGAAGCCGCCAAAGAGAAAAGACCUCAGGUAUAAGCGCCUUCGGGAACAGCGCGACGACUUGUUCAUGCGCUUUUUCGAUUUGACGAAGAAGUGGUGCGAGAGUACCAACCCAGAAGUGAGUUCCAGGUACUUGAGAGACAAGAUCUUACUUGACUACAUGCUCUCGGAUAAUUACAUCGAACUCGAUCCGUACAUCCGGAACCGGGGCAUGUACGAUCGAAAUGGCACACUUGUUGUGGGGAAUUAG